GCACUGCCCGAAAACCAAGUCUGAGCGUUGAUAUAUGAGACAAGCCUUAAGAUGUGCUGACAGCAACAUAGAGAGGAUCGCAUAUCAAGAGCACUACCAAUUUCCAGGACAUGGCAUUGUGCAAGUAGCCAAGGGAGCCCAGAUCUCGUGGAAGCCGAGAAAAGUGCGGCAGUCCAUGAGGACAGUGACCUGGUCAUGAAAGCGGUCAUGCGAAGUAUCUCUCUCACUGAUCCCUUUACGUUGCAGCUGAUCGAGUCACCUGUACGAGGGCGAGACUGUGAGCAUGUCGAGGCCUUCGACAAGCGAAGCUUUCUGGAUUUCAAUGACUUGAUGGAGCAGAACCGCUGGUGCAGAUUAACGAAGAGAUGGAAGUGUCCUUUCUGUGACAGGCACAUCCGCACCAAAGACCUGGUAACGGCGGCUGAUGUACAGGAAGUGUUGGACGAGGCUAAGCUCACCCACUCAGAUGCGACCUUCGCUGUGCUGCAUCCGGACGGGCGCCUGUCACUGCCGUCUUCCAAGUCGCUGCAACCUGCGGAGCCCGCAGCUGUCGACAGCGACGAGGAGACUUGCCCACAGCACCAAGAGCACGAAGAGCCCAGGGCACAGGUGGCACAGCCCGCGGAAAAAAGAAGUUGUGCACCUGAGACUGCGGGGAACGCAAGGCGCUCUGAAGGUGAUGUCCGCUCGAGGACCUCCAAACGCGGCUUGGAAAGAGCAUCCAACACUCCAAGGGGAAAGGCGUCCAAGAAAGAGAAGAAAAUCAAGAAAGCGGCCUUAGCUGCCGCCAAGGCAGCUUGGGAGCGACAGAACGAGAAGCAGGGCAGUAUCCUCUCAUAUUGCUCGAAUGCGAAGACUGGCGACCUCGCUCAGACGCUGGUGUGACAGGUGAAUGGAAGCAUUCACGGGGACCUGUCAGGGCGUUGCUGCACAGCAGGCCUUGGGAAGGAGGGCAGUGCUGGCGGUGCUGUGAGCGGGUGACAUGAGGGAGAGUCUGCAAAAGACAAAA